GGAUAAUGGGCGAGGAGCGCAUUGCAAUGGCCGCCGUGUAGUACCCUCCCUGCACAAUUAGCCAAUCAGCAUCCGCCAGGAACGCGCAUAAAAGAAGAAGAUUGCAGCAGAGGCGCAGAAGGAGACUUGAGCAGGGGAAUCGCAUGCACGCUCGACACAACAAAAAAGGAGAAGAAGAAAAAAAAAAAAAAAAAAGCAAAGCAGCAGACCAACCAGAAGACCACCCCUCCUUUUUCUCCUCCUCCUCCUCCACCACCACCUCCUCCCAUCCUUGGACACACCCUGCUUGAGGAUCACUGCUUCUCUCUCUACUAUUUUUUUUUCCUCUCUCAUUACCGCCCUCCGCCGUCGCCCACGCCGUUCGGACGGAGAGCUCUUCCUCCUCCAUCGUCCUGCAGAAAGCCCCCUUCUCUUUCCUUCCUCAUUUUCAUCCUAUAGAGGGACCCCUAUACAACCUCCAGCAGGCUGAGACCCCGCUUAAAGGCCCCAGCUUGUUAUUUUUUAUCUUUUUUUUUUUCAUUUUCAUUUUGGAACUCCUCAAAAAAAAAAAAAAAAGGGGUGCGACGACAGCACCGAAGCUUGGUUGAAGCUUUCAAGAUCAACGCGCAGAAGAGGGACCUAGUUUUCCUUUCCAGUGUACGUCAAGAAUGGUUACUCAGAUAAUCAGCACCAUGGAAACCCAGGUGUCCAACGGUCCGAGCGGAACUAGCCUGCCCAACGGCCCCGUUAUUAGCACCAACGGCGCUACGGACGACAGCAAAACCAACCUGAUCGUCAAUUACCUGCCUCAGAAUAUGACGCAGGAGGAGUUUAAGAGUCUGUUCGGCAGCAUCGGGGAGAUCGAGUCGUGCAAACUCGUCAGGGACAAGAUCACGGGUCAGAGUCUGGGCUACGGCUUUGUGAACUACGUGGAUCCAAACGAUGCGGACAAGGCCAUCAACACACUCAAUGGUCUCAAACUGCAGACUAAAACAAUCAAGGUAUCAUAUGCCAGGCCGAGCUCGGCGUCUAUUCGUGACGCAAACCUUUACGUCAGCGGACUCCCCAAGACCAUGAGCCAGAAGGACAUGGAGCAGCUUUUCUCCCAAUACGGUCGCAUCAUCACAUCCCGCAUCCUAGUGGACCAAGUCACAGUCGGAGCAGGCAUAUCACGGGGAGUGGGCUUCAUCCGGUUUGACAAGCGAAACGAAGCGGAGGAGGCCAUCAAGGGCCUGAACGGACAGAAGCCUCUGGGCGCCGCCGAGCCCAUCACUGUCAAGUUCGCCAACAACCCCAGCCAGAAGACGGGCCAGGCUUUGCUGACUCAGCUGUAUCAGACGGCCGCCCGCCGCUACACAGGGCCACUGCACCACCAGACGCAGCGAUUCAGCGUGAUCCCUUCUCUUGGAAAGGGACCAGAUCCAAAUAGCAGCUCAAAACCAAUACUCGACAAUUUACUAAACGCCAGCUACGGAGUCAAGAGCUCUCCCGCUCUCUUCCCCAGAUUCUCACCCAUCACCAUUGACAGCAUGACCAGCCUCGCCGGCGUCAACCUCACCGGUCCCACCGGAGCCGGCUGGUGCAUCUUUGUGUAUAAUUUGUCACCUGAAGCGGAUGAAAGCGUCCUGUGGCAGCUCUUCGGGCCUUUCGGUGCCGUCACCAACGUCAAGGUCAUCCGUGACUUCACUACCAACAAAUGUAAGGGCUUCGGUUUUGUCACCAUGACCAACUACGACGAGGCCGCCAUGGCAAUCGCGAGCCUUAACGGCUACCGCUUGGGUGACCGCGUGCUGCAGGUUUCCUUCAAGACCAGCAAGCAACACAAGGCCUGAGGGAGUAGGGCGGGGCCUGCUGGCGCCAGCACCUUUGACCUGCACGGGGAGGGGUGGGGGAUUACCUGAGCUCCCUGUGCCAUCACUCUAUUUAUGGGCCUGGACUGAGUCUCUCUCUCUGACGCUUUCUCACACAAAUCCACACUAUAUAAUCGCAAACACACACACACAUAUCGACAACACAUGACCAAACCGAUCCAUAGGCAAGCAUCCACAAGUCAGAGUUUCAAACAAAAACACUAGUGGAGUUUUUCCUGUUCUCUUUCCACGACAUGCUAGUCCUUCCCUGUCUUUGCCUGGAUUGAAUUAGAAGGGUUGCGUAGCUGCUUUGUUGGGUAGGGGGGUUAAGAGCGAUCUAUUUAGGAGACAGUCUAACGAAUGUGACAAAGAAUGUGCUUUGAUUGAAUUCAGGCAAAUGAUGGCAACUGAUGAACAAAACAGAAAAAUAAUAAGAAUAGCGAUCAAAAAAUGAUGUGCAAUUUACCCCAAAACUUUAACCCCUACAUCACCUCCUGUUUUCUUGCUUGGAGAAGAUGGAGUCACUUUUUUUUUUUUUUUUUUUAAACACUUGGGGCAUUUUGAAAAUCGGUGACUUUUUUUAAGAUCAAAGAAAAUGAAAUGAAAAAACAGUGUUCUCUUAUAUACGUCUAUCAAAAUAUAACUAUAUAUUCAAUAUAUAAGGUGGUAAUAAUAGCCGAAUAUGUAAGCAUUUUCUAAAAAACCUUGACUACUGUUUCCUGACGUGCUUUAUUGAGGUGGCAAAGGCAGUUUUUCUCUACCCCCCCGUGUGAGCUUCUAAAGCUCUGACCUAAUGUGACACACACAGUAGGCGACUUCAUUAAUCCGGGAACCGCAACAAAAACUAGUCUGAAUGCCAUAAGAAUCUUCCCUCCACCACUCCGAUAUUCAUAAUAAAAUAUUACAGAAAUAGAAGUUCACAAGAGCAAAAAUGACUAAUCUGUCCUCGGGUUGUGUUAACAAGAAGCAAAUUGUCUAUGAACUCAUAAAAGGGUAGCGAUGGCGUACUUUAGGAACGAUUUUGACGAACUGCUGGUUGUUGCUUGUUACUUGUCAGAGUUAAAUUGGUAUGAAAAACGUAGCUGUGAUGGUUUUUGCUGGUCGGAAUGUUGCCACACCCUUAAAAAGCCAAUUGACGAAUGACUUAACAGGUCUGCAGAGAGCCGUCACAUAAAAAUAUCAAAGAAUGGCGCCGUUAGAAGUUGCAGUCACAACAACAAAAAAAACAACCAACCAAACAUCCAGCGCGAGUAAAGACACCAGACUAUCCGACCGGCUAGAUCUUUUGCUAGCAUGCUUGGGUUUGAAUGCUGCCACACCCAAGAAAGCCCAUGUGGUCAGAUUGAUAGCGGACAACAGGCAAAAUAGACUGACCAAUGACUGAGCAGGUCUUCAGAGAUACAUUACAUAACAACCUCAAAGAACGGCGUUGUUAGAAGUUGCAGUAACAACAACAAAAAAAAAACAACUAAACAUCCAGCGCGAGUAAAGACACCAGACUAUCCGACCGGCUAGAUCUUUUGCUAGCAUGCUUGGGUUUGAAUGCUACCACACCCAAGAAAGCCCAUGUGGUCAGAUUGAUAGCGGACAACAGGCAAAAUAGACUGACCAAUGACUGAGCAGGUCUUCAGAUAUACAUUACAUAACAACCUCAAAGAACGGCGAUGUUAGAAGUUGCAGAAACAACAACAAAAACAACCAACUAAACAUCCAGCGCGAGUAAAGACACCAGACUAUCCGACCGGCUAGAUCUUUUGCUAGCAUGCUUGGGUUUGAAUGCUACCACACCCAAGAAAGCCAAUGUGGUCAGAUUGAUAGCGGACAACAGGUAAAAAUAGACUGACCAAUGACUGAGCAGGUCUUCAGAGAUACAUUACAUAACAACCUCAAAGAACGGCGAUGUUAGAAGUUGCAGUAACAACAACGAAAAAAAACAACCAAACAUCCAGCGCGAGUAAAGACACCAGACUAUCCGUUGAGGACAAAGACCGGCUAGAUUUUUUGCUAGCAUGCUUGGGUUUGAAUGCUACCACACCCAAGAAAGCUAAUGUGGUCAGAUUGAUAGCGGACAACAGGUAAAAAUAGACUGACCAAUGACUGAGCAGGUCUUCAGAGAUACAUUACAUAACAACCUCAAAGAACGGCGGAUCAAAAAAAAAAAAAACGACUGAACAUCGACACCCGGCAAUGUAAAAGAUCCUUUCCAGGUUUUCUGACUUCUGGUUUUUGCUAGCAUGCUUCGACUUGACCCAAUAAUGCGGUCAGAAAGAUACAGGACUACUGACAAAACAGCACAUCUGCAGAGAGAUAUCGACAUAAAACCUCAAAGACGUGCUGCUAUUAUUUGUCAGUCUGGUCCCUCGAUAAAAUCUCCAAAAACUGAACAUCAUCCACAAGCAAAGACAUCCAGCAAUGAAAAAAAAGACUAUCCCUUAAGGAGAAACACAACCAGUCCCUCCAGCUUUGCCCGAUGCGUCUCAGUUUUACCUCCUUUUCAAACAACUCCGAGAAGCAUUGAACUCCCGCCCUGGUGAAAAAAAAAGAAAUAAAAAAAUCCGAGUGCGCUACAUCAAGACGGUAAAUAGGUGUCACAUUUGUGCUUCCGUCGACAAACAAGAGAACGGUAUUUGGUUUAUUUGUUUCCGCGCUUCUCAAAAUAUCUCCAACCCCGGCUGGGCUCCCUUAUGGGAACAUUAAGGCAAAGACCCGUCUUAUCUGAAGUGUCUGUCACAGACCCGACGUGAGCUUUUACCGUGGGGAGGGGCUCACGUCUUUCACUAUCAAGACAUCUGCACAUGAUAAUAGAUUUAAAUAGGGUCAACUAUAUUCAAGACAUUUUUUUUGUUGCUUUUCUAAAUGACGCUGUGUUAGCCAAAGAGGACGAUCUCUUUGAAAAGGAUUACAUUAGAGAUAAAUCUAUUUUUAUACAUACAAAGGAACAAGACCUUGUGCUGAAUUUUUACAGAUUCUUAAGCUUGGGGAAAAAAAAAAAAUUGGGACAUCGCAUGGCUUUACUUUAAACCCUCUGAUGUUUGCAGCGCAAGGGGUGGUGGUGGUGGGGGGGACUCGAGCAUGCGGUGUUCGGGUGGGGAUCGAGGGAAAAAGACGGGGUGGGCAGAGGAACACUAUCGCAGAACAACUUAAACCACUCGCCCGUGACGAACUUGACAGCGAAGACAAAAAAAGAAGUGAAUCUGAUGUAAACAAAUAGGUCAAGCUCAACAGUUGAGGGGGGGAGGGGGGGUAGCAAUGACUCAUGCAUCUACGCUUUUGACUGCAUCUCUCGUCCUCAACUUGUACGCAGUGUUGCUGCGGUGAGACCAUCUCAUUGCCCACGAGCUGACAAACUGACGGGGAAACAGAUUGAAAGCGACAAUACGGCUUUUUGCUGAGCACGAUCCUUUUAGAUAGAUUUGCAUUUUUUCUGCCAAAGAGUUUGCUUUGCAAGUCAGUGUAACUUUAAUAUCCCCUGAUUCAUUGCUGUACAAAUCUGUUAUUGAUGGCGUAAGGACCCCUCUGUGUUUUUUUUAAGUUCUUACGUUUUGAACGCGUAUCAUUUACUAAAUUAAUUUUAAUAUCGGGCCUCUAUCCAACGUUGUAGGCCGAUAUCGGGCCUCUAUCCGGCGUUGUAGGCCGAUAUCGGGCCUCUAUCCGGCGUUGUAGGACGAUAUAUCGGGCCUCUAUCCAACGUUGUAGGCCGAUAUCGGGCCUCUAUCCGGCGUUGUAGGCCGAUAUCGGGCUUCUAUCCGGCGUUGUAAGCAGUUAUCGAGCCGAUUUUCAGCAUUGUAGGUCGAUAUCGAGCCGAUUUUCACCAUUGUAGGCCGAUAUCGGGCCAAUAUCCAGCGUUGUAGGCCGAUAUCGGGCCGAUAUCCAGCGCUGUAGGCCAAUAUCGAGCCGAUUUUCACCAUUGUAGGCCGAUAUCGAGCCGAUUUUCACCAUUGUAGGCCGAUAUCGGGCCGAUAUCCAGCGCUGUAGGCCAAUAUCGGGCCGCUAUCCAGCGCUGUAGGCCGCUACCGGGCCGCUAUCCGGCAUUGUAGACCGAUAUCGAGCCGAUUUUCAGCGUUGUAGACCGAUAUCGAGCCGAUUUUCAGCGUUGUAGACCGAUAUCGAGCCGAUUUUCAGCGUUGUAGGCCGAUAUCGAGCCGAUUUUCAGCGUUGUAGGCCGAUAUCGGGCCAAUAUCCACCGUUGUAGGCCGAUAUCGGGCCAAUAUCCACCGUUGUAGGCCGAUAUCGGGCCUAUUUCCACCGUUGUAGGCCGAUAUCAGGCCUAUUUCCACCGUUGUAGGCCGAUAUCGGGCCUAUUUCCACCGUUGUAGGCCGAUAUCGGGCCUAUUUCCAGCGCUGCAGGCCGAUAUUUUCUUUCUUCUUCUAAGUUCUUACGUUUUGAACGCGUAUCAUUUACUAAAUUAAUUUUAAAAAGCCCUGAUGCUGAAACAUCGCGGCGAGCAAAUCCCAUUUACACACAGAUGGUGAACGCUAAAGAGUCACAAAUCUUAUCACAUCUCGACAAAAGGAACAAUAUUUGAUCCAAGACACUUUCCCCCAACAUUUCUAUCAUCUGCUUUGUCCCACGACCGAUCUGACCCUUAAAAGUAUUCAGUCUUUCGAUGUCGCUGCUUCAUCUACUGCUAAUAAGGCUAAUCUCGCAGCCAAACACCAGUGGGAGCCAUGUUAGAAACCAGUCCACCAACAAAUAAAACGACCGGUCUACAUCACCCAUCAUGUAUACAUCCCAGGAGAAACAGGAAACAGUACCACCACACUGCUUGAGCGACAACAAUAAUCAUUUAAAAAGAAAAAGACAAAAAAACUUUCCUAUGGAACAGUAAGUGCAAUGUGCUUUGUUUUUAUAUUGACUGAGAACAAAUGAUAUAUAUUUUUUAAAAAAGAAAUUAAACGUCACACUGAAAAAGGUCUGCGGAAUAGCGAAAAGGAAGUAAAAAAAAAACAGAAAAAGACAAAAAAAAAACGACAGCGAGGGAAGAGAUCAGACGCGAGCGGGCUCGUUAGGCGAAAUCAAACGAGAGCUCUGAUCUGUAAAUUUCCAUAACGACCUCCUCAGCCCCUAAUUUGUGCUCUGACCAUGCAAAUUGUCUGACUUUAAUAGAGCAAUCCUCAGUGACCUUGAAAGGAAUACUGUCUAAUAUAUCAUCAGUUUUUUAGCCCAUGUCAACUUCAAAUCUCUUUUUUCUUCCUUCCUUCCUGUAAUUUAUUGAUUUCAUUGACAUAUCAGGACUCACUUGUUGAAUUAGUGUAUUUGUGUUGUUGAUGUUGCCAUAGAGAACACACAUGGGUCAAGAUUAUGUUCGGUUGCAUUUGAUUGGGUACGCUUUGUUACUUUCCUUCCAUUAUCAAAUUAGUUGCAGUUUUUUACAGUGUAUGCAGAUUUUAGACUUAGUUAGAUUCUUUUCUUUCAAUCAAACUGUGUUUCGAUUGUGUUUGUAAAAGUCUGUGGUAGCUUUUGUUGCAACAUAAAAAUAAUUUAAACAGAAAAAAUUCAAAAUAGCGCCAACAAACUUGUAUUAUUUGGGCGACUUUAAGCUUGUAGUUUUAACUUAUUGUUAACUUAAAAAAAACUAUUUAUUAUGAUUAUUAUUAUUAUUAUUGCCUCGUAUAAAGUAUGUUUUGUGUAUAUUUAUGGUUUAUUUCGUUAUAUUUGCAAGGUUAAAAAGAUUUUUUAAGUUUUUUGCCAAAAUUGUGGUUACACCAUUUCGUUUCUUGAAGAAAAAAAAAAGGGAAAAGGGGGGGGUUGCAAAUAGAAAAACAGCUUUAGAAGUACGAUUUGGAAAACGUUCUCCAUAGUCAAAGAAUGCACUGCUAUAUUUAACUAACUGAAGUGUAUACACAUACAUGCUGUGUGCUAGAUGUUAUGCCUUUACUGCCUGUGUUCUGUUUGUCUUGUUCAAUGAAAAUCUUUUAAUUAUUUAAUCUAAUCACAGUCUUGUUUUUUCAACCGCUCGGCGAGCCCCUGAGACAUGGGACAGCACCCCCCAGGAGAAGGGGAAGGGGGGUUGUCCCGCACAAGAUGCUUUCCUGCUCAUGCUUAAUGGGUCUUCUUUAAAAAAAAAAAAAAAGGGAAACGGAGUCAAGAGUUGGGUUUAAUAAUGAUAAGCAAGCGGGAAGGUGUUCUUGUUUGAAAAAGGGGGGGAGGCGAGCGGUCCUUCUGUUUCUCAACCAACUGUAUUUUGUGUCUAUUUAUUUAGAAGAGGGGACGCAGUAUACUUAGCGAUGUUUUUCUUACAUUUUUCCUGGAAUGGUAGAACAAAUCAAAAUCGAUCAAAAGUAGUGGGAAUACAAAAAAAAAAAAAACACUCACACUUCCAGACAUGACCAAACGAGCAAUGAGAAACACUCAAAGAGAUCAAAGAAGAAGAAAAAAAAAUACAAAUAAAACCUUUCAGUUUAGUCUAGGAUAUUUACUACUGGGAUUUCAGCUGAAGACGCUUGAAGACUUUUUCAUGGAAUUGUUUGAUUAUUUGUACUUUACAUGCCAGAAAAAAAUAAAAGUUACAAAUAUGA